AUUUUACUAAUUGUGAAGUACUACAAAUUUGGAGACGCCAGCCAGCAGAAAAGCGGCAGACUUCCGAGCUGUAUAGAAAAGACUGCAGCAGCCCAUUUUCUUUUGUGGUUGAUCUCUUCAAAGAAUGGUGAUAGUUUGAAAUCCCAGUUCAAGAAAAGUAGGAAAAUAAGCAUGACUCAACCAUCAGUGGUUUUGGCGACUGGAAGCUAUGAUCACACCAUUCGGUUCUGGGAAGCAAAGAGCGGCCGCUGCUAUCGGACUAUCCACUACCCUGAAUCUCAAGUAAACCGACUCGAACUUACCCCAGACAAGCGUUACCUAGCUGCAGCUGGAAAUCCUCACAUUCGGCUUUUUGAUGUCAAUUCAAACAACCCCCAGCCAGUGAUGAGCUAUGAUUCACACACCAAUAAUGUAAUGGCUGUUGGAUUUCAAUGUGAUGGGAAUUGGAUGUAUUCCGGUUCCGAAGACGGUACUGUAAAGAUUUGGGAUCUGAGGGCACCGGGUUGCCAGAGGGAAUAUGAAAGUCGUGCAGCAGUCAACACUGUUGUUUUGCAUUCAAAUCAGACUGAACUGAUAUCCGGGGACCAAAACGGUAACAUACGUGUCUGGGAUUUGACAGCCAAUUCUUGUAGUUGUGAAUUGGUCCCGGAGGUGGAUACAGCUGUACGUUCGUUGACUGUGAUGUGGGAUGGGAGCUUAGUAGUUGCGGCAAAUAAUCGUGGGACAUGUUAUGUUUGGCGUUUGUUGCCUGGGACCCAAACUAUGACCAACUUCGAGCCACUUCAUAAACUCGAGGCACAUGAUGGCUACAUCCUUAAAUGUCUUUUCUCCCCAGAGCUCUGUGAACCUAACAGGUACCUUGCAACUGCAUCGUCAGACCAUACCGUCAAAAUAUGGAAUGUUGAUGGUUUUACUUUAGAGAAAACUCUAGUGGGGCAUCAGCGCUGGGUGAGGGACUGUGUCUUCUCUGUAGAUGGUGCUUUUAUGAUCACAGCUUCUUCUGACUCGACUGCAAGAUUAUGGUCGAUAGCAGAUGGCGAGGAAAUAAAAGUUUACAGAGGACAUCAGAAAGCAACUGUGUGUUGUGCUCUAAAUGAUGGCACCGAAAUUUCGUGCUGAAUAUAUAAUAUUUUGCAUAUGGUUUUAUCCUGGUUCGCAGUAUCUUUUCUGUAUUUUAACAUGAUUUCGACUUCAUUUUCUAUACUAUAUUCUAGCUGUAUAUAUAUGUGUUUGAAUUAUGGGUAAAAUUGAGAGAUGAGUGGCAAGAUUUGAACUUAAAAUUAGGCAGGGGGGAUUGGAACAAAAAAUGGGCGAGUAGAAAUUAUUAAAUGUGUGGAGGGUAGGAUGGUAAUUCUAGGAACGAGUUUAUGAGUUUGGCUUAAUUGUGACAGUGCCCCACUAGUUUCUGAAUUUUCGAUUUCUAACCAUGAAUCCAUGAUGCUUGCUGCUUUUAUAGCUUAGACUUGGAGCGUGAUAGUAUUUGUGAUGUUCAGUUUGUUUUCUAUUUUGUCGGAAAUUUUAUUCAGUAAUUAGUUAUAUGUAAAUAUAUAUUCAUG